CUGGGAGCGUUCAGGCCGGAGAGCUUGGCAGCAGGCCUGCCUGGGAGUUGCAUUGCUCUUUUUAUUUUUGGCAUCCCAGUCACCGCACAGAAAGAGAGAGCAAAGGAGAGCGCAGCCGGUGGCAGCGAAUGCAGCCGGACGGUUGCUGCUGGACGCCAAUUGUGGGCUUUCAGUGUAGCUCCAGCAAUUCUCCUAUCGAGCUUGACUUGUCGGCUGAGCUACUUCCAAAGCUCCAGGUUAUGCCUCCUGUCAUCUGGAAGUAAACCUUGAGAAGAUUUCAGCGCAAGUUACACCAAGAUGACCAAGGCGGAGGAACAGCCGGAGAGCCAAAGCUCCGGGGAGUUUUACGAGAAAUACGAGCCAAAGGAAAUCCUGGGAAGAGGGGUGAGCAGCGUCGUGCGGCGGUGCAUCCACAAAGUCACCCGAGAAGAAUUCGCCGUGAAGAUUAUAGACAUCACAGCGGGGAAUCUGUCUCCGGAAGAGAUCCAUGAACUGAGAGAAGCCACUCGGAAAGAGAUCGACAUCCUCCGAAAAGUGUCCGGCCAUCCCAACGUCAUCCAGUUGAAAGACAGCUUUGAGUCCCAUACCUUCUUCUUCCUGAUCUUUGACCUAAUGAAGAGAGGGGAACUCUUUGACUAUCUCACAGAAAAAGUGACCUUAAGUGAGAAGGAAACCAGGAAGAUCAUGCGGGCCCUUCUGGAAGUCAUCCAGUACCUCCAUUCCAUGGACAUCGUCCACAGAGACCUCAAGCCGGAGAACAUCCUUCUCGACGACGACAUGAACAUCAAGCUGACCGACUUUGGCUUCUCCUGCCAGCUGAGGGAGAACGAGAAGCUGAAAGAGAUCUGUGGGACUCCUGGCUACCUGGCUCCGGAAAUACUAGAAUGUUCUAUGGAUCCAGACCAUCCUGGUUACGGGAAGGAAGUUGACAUGUGGAGCACGGGCGUGAUCAUGUAUACCCUCCUGGCCGGAUCGCCUCCCUUCUGGCACCGGAAACAGAUGCUGAUGUUGAGGAUGAUCAUGAACGGAGAUUACAAGUUUGGGUCACCAGAGUGGGACGACCAGUCAGACACCGUCAAAGACCUGAUCGCCCACUUCUUGGUGGUGAAGCCAAAGGACCGCUACACUGUGGAGGACGCCCUGGCUCACCCCUUCUUCCAGCAAUACGUGGUGGAGGAGGUCCGGCACUUCAGCCCUUUCCGGAAAUUUCGGGUCAUUUGCCUGACUGUCCUGGCCUCUGUCCGCAUCUACCUCAACUACCGCAACGUCAAACCCAUCACUCGGGAGGUGAUGCAGCGCGAUCCCUACGGCCUGAAGCCUGUCCGCAAACUGAUCGACGCCUGCGCCUUCCGGAUCUAUGGCCACUGGGUGAAGAAGGGAGAAGCCCAGAACCGGGCGGCCCUCUUUGAAAACACCCCCAAAGCCAUCUUGCUCAGUUUGGCCUCUGAGGAGGAGCUCUUCUGAUUUUGGGGUUCCCCUUUUACAACAAAGACUCAAUAAAUCCAAUUGCUGGUCCCCUGCAAAGAACAGACCUAAUGGGCUUACAAAAGGGUUGGCUUGACAUUUUGUGCAACCACUUCCAGGGGUUAACUCCCAAUUCUGCCGUCCCACUUUCUCAACAGCUUUUAAAAUGUCCUGGCUUCCCUCUCCUCCUCCCACCUUCCCACUUUGCCCUCAGGUUUACUUCAAUGGCUGCAAAAAUGAAUCCAAAUUGGGUUUGCACUGGAUUAACUCAGCAGAGCGCAAAGACAGGAGAGACAGAAUCUUUCCCUUCCCAGUAGAUUUGGGCAAAAGCAAACUGCCGCAGCCUCUCCUAUCUUAGGUAUUCCUCCCCAUUAAUGACAUUUGCCAUCUUGACCAUGCUCUGAUGUUGCCUGGCCACGCAGGUCCCUGUGAAACAUUGAGGGACAUGCUGUGAUGGGGACCAGCAAAUCGAUUUAUGCUUACAACGUAUUAUACAGUAGUUUCAAAUCAGAUCUAAAUGUACAGAUGAGAUGAGACUGUGUCACAACUGGGUGCAAAGGAAAGAGAGGGAAAACCAGAUUACUCAUUAGCUGGAGUAACCACCAUUGCUCCGGUUAUUCAUGAUGGUGUCGAAGCAGUAAUUCAUUGGCACAAGGUUAAAAGAGCCACUUUUGAAAAAUGUUAUUCUGCUUAUUUGCAAUGCACAGUAACUGAAAAAUUAAAUGUCUCUUGAAAACUGACCUCAAAGGUAACUAACUAGAACUAGCUAGGAAGCUCAAUCGAUAGGCCUGACCUGAGUAGACCCAUUGAGAGCACUGGAUUUACCAUACAUUUCAAUGUGUCGACUACAGAUUCUGUCUCUUAUUGCAAGCGUAACUUUUACCUCCACUCACUGAAAUGUGACUCCAGUGUAAAACUAAUUACUGUACUAAAGGGUUAUUUCUUUGCAAGAUCUACUUUGCAACCGUGUCUGACUCUUGUAGAUUUUAACAAGUGAGGUUCUAGUUGUAAACAUAAAUAACGGGAAUAUUAUCUCAAACAGGUUGAGUCUCCCUUACUCAGAUUUUGAAAUAUCCCAAAAUCCAAUAUUGAGAGAGAGGCACCUUUGCGUCCUGAUGGUUACUCCAGAAUAUUUAUUACUAUUUACGCCUUUGUGCGGGGGAGAAGUAUCAAUUUUGUAAAAGUACCUUCUAUUUAACCCUCAAUAAAUGUGCUUUAUUUAUUGGAAA